UGUAACUUUUGUAAAGCCACAUGCUUUGUAGUCUGUUGAAGUGUUUUCUAGGCAGUUGGCUCUUUGACGAAGACGUGUCGCGGUCAAUCUACAGGGACUUUCACACACAGAUGACCAGCCAUCUGCUCCACAACACCAGUCAGCUACAGUGAUACCCCUCCUGUCACCUCUAAGCAGUGUCACCACGCGGCUAAACUAGUAGAGCCAACCAUGGUCAUUUAUGAACCAGGACAGCUGAGGAAUAAGGUGUGACUCUUCCUCCACCAGGUGCUGUUGUCAGUAACAUCCAGACUCACCCGCAGGACAGACAGAGCCCCGCCCCAGAGCAGACACAACUCACCUGGACAGAAGACCCAGAGCAGACACAACUCACCUGGACACAAGACCCAGAGCAGACACAACUCACCUGGACAGAAGACCCAGAGCAGAGAAGACACAGCUCACCUGCAGUCCCAGAGAAGUCACAGCUCACCUGCAGUCCCAGAGAAGUCACAGCUCACCUGCAGUCCCAGAGAAGUCACAGCUCACCUGCAGUCCCAGAGAAGUCACAGCUCACCUGCAGUCCCAGAGAAGUCACAGCUCACCUGCAGUCCCAGAGAAGUCACAGCUCACCUGCAGUCCCAGAGCAGCAGAUCCUCCUGUCCUGAAGGUAUCCCAGGGUUCCACCAGUUGUUACCAUAGUAACCACCAGCCAUGGGGAAGCAGAACAGCAAACUCCGCCCAGAGGUGAUGCAGGACCUGCUGGAGAGCACGGACUUCACAGAGCAUGAGAUCCAGGAGUGGUACAAGGGCUUCCUGAGGGACUGCCCCAGCGGGAACCUCUCCAUGGAGGAGUUCAAGAAGAUCUACGGUAACUUCUUCCCCUACGGAGACGCCUCCAAGUUCGCCGAGCACGUCUUCCGCACCUUCGACGCCAACGGGGACGGGACGAUAGACUUCCGGGAGUUCAUCAUCGCUCUGAGCGUCACGUCACGGGGCAAGCUGGAGCAGAAACUGAAGUGGGCCUUCAGCAUGUACGACCUGGACGGGAACGGAUACAUCAGCAAGUCUGAGAUGCUGGAGAUCGUACAGGCGAUCUAUAAGAUGGUGUCAUCUGUGAUGAAGAUGCCAGAGGAUGAGUCUACUCCAGAGAAGAGAACAGAGAAGAUCUUCAGACAGAUGGACACCAACAGAGACGGUAAACUGUCUCUGGAGGAGUUCAUUAAGGGUGCUAAAAGUGACCCCUCCAUCGUGCGUCUGUUACAGUGUGACCCCAGCAGCGCUGGACAGUUCUAAACCACCCUACCCUGGGGGGCAACACACAAUUGCUUAUUUGGGUGAAUCCAAGUAGCCCCUCCCUCCUCCACUUUGGGGCAAACUGAUGAAGAAGACAGGCCAUGCCUUCAAAUGAUGACACUGAAGACAAUGGGCCAAUGAGAGCCAGCCAUGUUCUCCAGACUCCUCCCUCCUCCUCUCUAACCAUCCCCAGCAGAGACCUAACUACAUCUACAGGGAUACCAGUCAUGAUGUGGUCCAGUCCACUCUCCAUGUAUUUGAUAAGGCCCAGGACCCUAUUCCCUGUAUAGGGUACAAGUUUUAACCAAAUCCCUAUAGGCCCUGGUCAUAAGCAGUGCUCUACGUAGGGAAUAGGGUGCCAUUUGAGACACAGACCUCCUGUUUUAAGGCUGUAAACUGGAGUCUCAGUUUGGUUGUCAGUGUACUGGACACACCCACUGCCCUCAACUAGGUCCUCCUAGCUCUUGUGUGUAUUGUAAACAGUUUGAGAGAGAGAGAGAGAGAGAGAGAGAGAGAGAGAGAGAGAGAGAGAGAGAGAGAG